GCGCCAAAUGGUUGUUUUUUUUUUGUACUUCAUUCGCCGCUCGCGUGUUGGUGUUUGUGCCGGAAAAUAAAACGUGGAUAAAGGCCGAUCAUACGGCAAAACGGCUUAUCGCGGUUCGCAUUGCGUAGGGAGCAUAUAUUUAGUCCCCAAAAACACUGCAUUGAUAGUUCGUUCCGUCGCGCUCACUGCCGCACCUCAACGCUCACCAUGGAUACCUCGCUGACUGCUUCGCAGAUUCGGAACAUUUUCCUGAACUUCUUCAAGGAGAAGGAGCAUCUGUACGUGCACUCGUCAUCGGUCAUUCCGCUCGAUGAUCCGACGCUGCUGUUCGCCAAUGCGGGCAUGAAUCAGUUCAAGCCCAUCUUCCUCGGAACGGUCGAUCCGAACAGCGAUAUGGCCAAGUGGGUCCGAACGGCCAACACGCAGAAGUGUAUCCGGGCCGGCGGCAAGCACAACGAUCUGGACGAUGUCGGUAAGGAUGUGUAUCACCACACGUUCUUCGAGAUGUUGGGCAACUGGUCGUUUGGGGAUUACUUCAAGAAGGAGAUCUGUACCUGGGCAUGGGAGCUGCUGACCGACCGGUUGAAGCUGCCGAAGGAGCGUCUAUACGUGACGUACUUCGGUGGACAUCCGGAAUCGGGACUGGAGCCGGAUUUGGAGUGUCGUGAGAUUUGGUUGAAGCUGGGCGUCAAGGAGGAACACAUUCUGCCCGGUAGCAUGAAGGAUAAUUUCUGGGAGAUGGGUGAGACGGGACCGUGUGGACCAUGCUCCGAGCUACACUUUGACCGUAUCGGUGGUCGCAGUGUACCCGAGCUGGUCAACAUGGACGAUCCGGAUGUGCUGGAGAUCUGGAACUUGGUGUUCAUCCAGUACAACCGCGAGCAGGACAGUUCGUUGAAGCUGUUACCCAAGAAACAUAUCGAUUGUGGCAUGGGCUUCGAGCGACUCGUGUCGGUGAUUCAGGACAAGCGUUCCAACUACGAUACGGACGUGUUUGUGCCGCUGUUUGAUGCCAUCCAGAAGGGAACGGGCGCACCGGCUUACCAGGGACGUGUGGGGGCAGACGAUAGCGAUGGUGUCGAUAUGGCGUACCGUGUGCUGGCGGAUCAUGCUCGUACGAUCACGAUCGCACUGGCCGACGGUGGUUUCCCGGAUAAUACUGGCCGUGGGUAUGUGCUGCGCCGUAUUUUGCGUCGUGCUGUGCGGUACGCAACGGAAAAACUUAACGCCAAGCCAGGGUUCUUUGCAACGCUGGUUGAUACGGUGGUGCUGCUGCUCGGAGACACUUUCCCCGAGGUUCGGAAAGAUCCGCAGCACAUCAAGAACGUGAUUAAUGAGGAGGAGCAACAGUUCCUGAAGACGCUUACCCGUGGACGCAAUCUGUUGAACCGUACGAUCGCGAAGCUGGGCGACAGUAAGGUGAUUCCGGGCGAUGUGGCCUGGCGACUGUACGACACGUACGGUUUCCCGGUCGAUCUGACCCAGCUGAUGGCGGAGGAGAAGCAGAUGACGAUCGAUAUGGAAGGGUACGAGAAGGCAAAGCACGAGUCGUACAUCGUGUCGCAGGGUAAGGAAAAGUCCAAGACGGCCACCAUCGAUCUGGAUGUGCAUGCCAUUUCGGAGCUGCAGGAGCGCAAAGUGCCGACGACGGACGAUUCGUUCAAGUACCGGUACAAGGCGGAAUCGACCGAUCCGCUGGCACAGUACGUGUUCGAAUCGUGCACCGGGCGGAUUGUGGCUCUGCGCCAUAACAACGCCUUCGUGGAGGAGGUGCAGGCUGGGCAGGAGUGUGGCGUGAUACUGGAUCGUACGAACUUUUACGCCGAAAGUGGUGGUCAGAUCUACGACCAGGGCUAUCUGGUGAAGGUGAACGACGAGAGCAGUGAGUUUAAUGUGACGCUCGUGUACAACCGCGGUGGCUACAUUCUGCACAUCGGAGUCGUCGAAGGUACGCUGCGAGUUGGGGAUGAAGUGCACUGCCACAUGGACGUUGUACGCCGUCAGCUGACGAUGAAGAACCAUUCUGCUACACACGCACUCAAUCACUCGCUGCUGAAGGUGCUGGGACAGGAUACGGAUCAGCGAGGUUCGCUGGUAGUGCCGGAGAAGCUGCGGUUCGACUUCACCAACAAGGCCGCGAUGACGAUCGAGCAGGUGGCCGAAGCGGAACGGCUUACGCGCGAGGUCGUCAAGCGCAAUGUGCAGGUGUACGCGAAGGAAGCUAAUUUGGCCGUAGCUAAAACGAUCCGUGGAUUGCGCUCCGUGUUCGAUGAGGUGUACCCCGACCCGGUACGUGUGAUCUCGUUCGGAGUGCCGGUGGAGCAGCUCGAAUCCGAUCCGACCGGUGAGGCGGGUGUGAUCAAUUCGGUCGAAUUCUGUGGCGGUACUCAUCUGCAUCAGUCGGGCCAUAUGGUGGAUUUCGUGAUUACCACCGAGGAAGCCAUCGCGAAGGGCAUCCGACGUAUCGUUGCGCUGACCGGACCGGAAGCACUGAAAGCACUGAAAAAGACGGAACUGCUCGAGCAAGAGCUGAGCAGUUUGAAGGCGACGAUCGAGAGCGAUAAGGACGGUAAGGAUGCGAAGGAGCACGUGAAGAAGAUUGUCGAGCUGACGGACGAUGUGUCGCAGGCGACCAUUCCGUACGUGAAGAAGGACGAGCUGCGCACGGUACUGAAGGGCCUUAAGAAAACGCUCGACGAUAAGGAACGUGCCGCAAAGGCUGCGGUUGCUAGCGGCGUGGUCGAGAAAGCGAAGGAACUGUCCCAGGCUCAUCGGGAAGCAUCGUUCAUGGUGCAGCGGCUAGAAGCGCUUAACAACACGAAGGCGCUCGAUUCCGCCCUGAAGGAGGUGCGCAAGGUAAAUCCGGAACAGUCCGCCCUGUUCCUGUCGGUGGAUGAAGAUUCGAAGAAGAUCUUCUGUCUGGCAAGCGUACCGAAGUCGGCCGUCGAGAAGGGACUGAAGGCGAACGAAUGGAUCUCGCACAUCGCACCUGUGAUGGGCGGCAAGGGUGGCGGUAAGCCCGAGUCGGCCCAAGCGUCCGGCGGCAACUACGACAAGGCGGAAGAGAUUCUCGAACUGGCACGCCUUUUCGCUGCUUCGAAGCUGGAGUAGCGACCCGGCUAGAUUCGGUAGUACACGACGUAACGAGAGAUAGAACGACGUGCAUUUUAGCUUCUCGGAGUGCAUUUCGGCAUUGUUUUGCGGCGCAUUUUUUACUCUGUUUUUUUUUGUCCACUCCCGCACGAACAAUACGGCGAUCGCUAAUUGAAGCUUAAUAAAGAAUAACGUUUAUUACAUAUUAAAGCAA